GUUUCUUUGUUGGUUUUGAAUUUUGUUUCAUCUUUGCAAGUGUUUUCUGCAACUGAUCCAAUAUUUUCAAGUUCAAAAUUAUAACAUUGUUUUUUUCAAAAUCGAGUAACCAGAUCUAUUAGAACUUGCGACAGGAUGCCGUCUCACGUCUCCUCCUCCCUCCCGCAGGGACCGGGAGACUUGCUGGCGCAUGAAACCUUUACUCGGCUAUUUAAGGACGAUUACCGCAUUGCCUUCUUCACUAGUACCAUCCUUUUUACCUUGCUUUCCAGUAGGAAAGGGGUCAGUAGGAAAGGGGCUCCAAGAAGAAGGCAAAAAUGUCGCAACGAACUCUAAGUUAUGUGAGGUCGAAAAGCGACUCUCCUUCAGCGAAAAUGCGCGACGAGAAGCAGAAUUACAGCUACGCGAAACAAGGAUACAAGCCGAACAAGAGAGGGGAAGCUUGCAUUAUGAUGCGUAUCAAAUAGUUAUUCUCAACUCCUACUUAGCUUGGCCAUUACUAUAGUUCUGUACUUAUAUACCCUUUACCUAACCUUACCCUUUUUUUCCUAGUUAGCUUGGCUCCACCCGUAGGAUCAGCAAGAUCAAACAGCUGCUAUCUUGCUGAGAGUUCAUUCUCAAAUUCUUCACAGUACUAAAAUGGGACAACGACAACUACGACUGAAGGACCGCUUCAUCUAAUUUUCAGCUGAGCUCCGCACCUUGCGCCACGCCUUGCAGUAUAACAAGAAUGAGAAGACUCUCACUGUUAAGGCUACCGUUGAAUCAACCUCAGCAUCAUCCUUGGUAGAUGAGGAAAUUGGGUGAAAACAGAGUUUCAGAACAAGAAAAUCCAAGAGAACCAGAUGAUCAAAAGAAAAAGAGGCCAAGGACACGAUUCACUGCUACCACGGAUGCAGGUGCGGGGGCACCUCUAACACUGUAGGUGACUUGGAGGACCGACUGAAUGAUUUGGAGCGUCGCAAUGAGCUGUUAGCAAAGCAAAAAGCAGCACUUGAGGAUGAGGCCGCGGAAUAUCUGGCUAGGUAGGAAAGAUUUUUUAGGUUUCUUGUAGCAGGCUGAUACUGAUGUUGUAUUACUACUAGCUAUGUUUAGUUAAAUAUUGAUGAUGUGUGUAAGCCAUCAUAAUGGUGAACAUUUUUUAGUUCUUAGCUAUGCUUCAACAUGAUUGUGAAGAUAGUUGUUCAGGUUAUACUAGUAAGAAUCUACUUACAUCAUAAUUCAUUCUCUUUCGUCCCAGGCUAGAGGUUUCAGAGGAGGAGCGUGCGAGGAUUGACAAAGAGCGUGACGGCAUUGAGUCCGAGUUUAACGAGUUGUGGGGUGGCCGGAUGAGGCAGAUUAAGUUCCUGCAAGAAGAGAAGGAAUACUUGCAGGUAUCGAUUUAAAUGAUUGGGGGAAUACUUGCAGGUAUCUAUUUAGGGAAAGCAGAAAGCCGAAAGCUUCUCAACCUCAUCAACAAGCUCGUUAAAUCAAUGCCUUACACUCUUUGGAUUUAAAGCUAUUUAAAUGAUUGCUGGGGAUAUAAAUGAAAGAUGAACAAGAGCAGACUUUACUUUAUUCUACUCCGAGUUUUUUGGUAUAAGGACUUUACCGACUGCACCUUUGUUCUUCAAUAGUGCUUACUUUAGUAGUUACUAGUCUUCUCUCCUCACUAAUCACUCGUGCCUUCAAAUUCUACUCCGAGUUUUUUGGUAUAACUUCCUCUCCCCAGAAAUCCUCAACGACCCAUCAAACAGAGCAAGAUAGUUUCCCUCGAGGACGCGCGGGAUAAAUCGCUCGUGACACAGAGUUUGGAGGUCGAGAACAUCAGAGCAGAAUGCGAAGAGAAAGCAGAGUCUGUCCGUCACGAAUGCGAGUCCAGAAUUUCGAAUGAGGUCGAUAAAGUCCGGAGUCAAUACUUAUGAUAUUAAAGACGGCUAUGAGCAUGGCAUAGAGAAUCUAAUAUUCUGAUUUACAACGAUUGAUAACACGAAGGAGAAGGAGGAACACUUUCGCUUAUGUGGAACAAUUUUCCGUUUUGACUUGCUUCUACCCCUCUGUCUACCUCUAGGCCAGUUUAAUAUCCCAUUGUUCAUAAUACUAAAUAUAUCACCACCACCAGCACCUCUGGGCUUUCAUAGUAGGCUGAAAAAAUCGAGCGAAUGGAGUCGAAAGUUUUGCGACUGGCAAAGGCAGAAGCCGAACAGGACACAGAGCUGUUGCAAAUGCGCAGCGCACUGAUCGAUAUCAACAAACUACAUGCGGAAGCGGUAGUUAACUGUCACAAAAACGUCAUGAAGUACUACAACUAGAAGAUGAGGAAGGAGAGGACUUUUAUUGCAGCAAUUCUGAUUUUACUACUCCUACAUCUGCACUGCUCUCUAAGACCCGCCAUUGGGCUAGUAUGGUCGUUUGAGAUGCAGUAUGAUGCUCUCUAACAGACACAUCUUCUGCAUCACACCCUCGUCUCACCUAAUUUUCAGGUAGAUGAGAGCGCGGCCCUUCGACUAGAGAUGGAGGAGCAAAAGGAGCGGCACGUCGCGGCUGUGGACACUCUAAAAGAGGAAUAUGCUGAGAUUUUGAAGAACCGUGCCUCUCGCUAUUUGCAAGAUAUGGACGUCCUUAGCGUAAUGCAGGUAUUCUCAUAUUUAGAAAUAUUCUCCUCCUGAAAAAUGGGUAUACCGAACGUGAGUGUUAUUAUAAAAGCUAUUAAGUACAAGUACUUGGGUGCAGGAUUUUUGAUAGAAAUAUGCUGCUUGUGUUUUGGAGAUGAAUACAAUGCAACAUCAAAUGUCCAAACCUUGAUAGGUAAUGGUACUAGCUGCAGAGUAAAUUUCAUCUCUCUUCAACAUACUGACUUUUUUCUCAAGAAGAGAAAGAGUUUCUUGAAUUCGGAGGCUAAUUAAGGGCGUCGCAUAGAGUAAAUUUCAUCUCUCUUCAACAUACACUUUGUUAGGACCGUCUGGUACACGGACUCACGUCAGAACGGCUUGAUGGCGAUUGCAAGCUAUUGGAGAUCAGGGAUACUGUUGUAGCGGAAAAAGCCGCUAUUGCUGAGAAAACAGAAGCUCUAGAUUAAGGCUUUUUUUCUAGAUUAAGUUUAUCUUAAAAGGCUUCCUUCUACAAAUGACAAAUACUCGAAUACUCCAAAUAAGCAAGUAAUUAACACAAUAGCCGAGUAAGUAGUUUAUCUUAAAAGGCUUCCUUCUACAAAUACAGAUUGUCAUUUCUCUUAAGACUAAAAAUAGGUUGUCAACAUUUCUCUUAAGACUAACAUGUGUAUCUUGGACGUGCUGUAGUUUUCAAAAGGAUGAUGAAAAUGUUGAUUAAAGAUGGGUCCGAGUAAGAUGAGCAUUCUCUAGAUGGGGGAUAUCGGGAACAACUUCUAACUAGAGCAGCACGCUUUGGCUCUCGAGGCGCGCGAGCGAAAAGAGUUGCGUGAACUCAACAGCGUCGUGGGCGAUUUAACACGCCUAUUGCGAUACACGAGCGACGGAAUUGCGAUAUUGAACUCCUGUGCGUCGGACUCAGCGGCAUGCGAUAUUUUAGGCGACACUAUGGAAUCCAACGCUUUUGAGGAGGCUGAAGACGAGGACCGCAGCAACCUAGUGGAGCGAUUACGGUGUAACCUUGUACCGAAAUUGGAAGAGAAGGUACUCAGAGAAGGGCUUGGAUUUGGUUCUUUUGGUUUUGGACGGAGGAAAUAUUUCUGCUUAGCCUGGAUCAAAUUAUACCUUUUUCUCUACACGACAGGACCUCUGAUGUUUUGCACCAUCCUCUUCUCCAUCUUGAAACAGGUGAAAAAUCUUCUCGCUACUGCUGUCGGGUCUAUUUCUCUGAAAGGCGACGUCGCAGAGGCGCAAUGGGCGUCUUCCAGCACCUCUGACGCAGUACUCGGAGCAUUAGAAAACUACACAAAGGAAGACACAGAGCAGCACCAAUUGGAGAUUUAUGGUGACCAAUCUAAGCAUUUGAGCAUCCCCUAGAGAGUAUCUCCUUACAUUAUGAUUCUUAGCGUCUUUUUCACGAAGAAAAAGCUCAAAGAUAUGACUCUCAAGGAGGAUGUGACGUGGUACUAGCUCUAAGAGAUGGCCUAUGCACGUGAAUGCGUAGACGAACUCGAGGAUGCGAAUAUGGACCUGGCUCAAGAAAACUUCCGUCUCACUCUAGAUCUCAACGCCGCACAACGAAAGAUCGACCUAUUUGAGGUACUGGCAGGAGGAUCGUCUUCAGCGUCGUCAGCAAGCAGUGACGACGCUGACGUGGUAGCGCCUGCUGACGAGGACGUUGGCAAAGUAGUAGGAGGUACUGCAGAGCAGGCGGAUGAAACAGAGCUUUUUCUAUUAAGGCCUAAUCGUCCAUCUCCAGAAGCACCUUUCAGAGCGUGAGGGAUGGGCUCCACUCUUCUUGCUAGUAUGCAUUUUAGCGUGCGACUCCGACUCUCGAUUGUCAUUCCUUCGUGUGAUUUAGAGCAUUGGGCUUUAUGCUGAUUUCUUUGUGACUUUCUGGUCGUUUUGCUAUUAAUGAUGAAAGAACUUGACUUCCGCGAAUUCACUGGAUUGGGAUGUGCGUGAAUGGCUUUCGCUUCCCCUAAUCGUCCAUCUCCAGAAGCACCUUAGGAUUAAUAUUCCCUAAGGAGCGAACGGCCUCAAGUCAUGGACGAUUAGGGGAAGCCUUAUUGUUUUAACCCAGCUCACGUUUCACCCAGCUAAGGGUGAACUUCCCAUCCGUAAGUGUGUGUUUCCGUGCUGCAUCAGUGGUCUUCUCGCUACUGCUGUCGGGUCUAUUUCUCUGAAAGGCGACGUGAUGUUACCUUAGUGUCGAAUUGUAAAGGAGGAAAGACAUCGUUUCUUGGAACGAACGGCCUCAAGAGGAAAGAUGGAUUAGGGUGAGCUCUAAUUCUCCCAGGAAAAGUCGGAGAGGGGAUGGACGCUGAGGCAACAUCUUCGACGCUGAAAACCACAUCGUCAGCAGGAAAUGGCAUGAGCAACUUCUCAAAUACAACAUCAACGUUGAAAAGUGCUGCUAGUAGUUGUAGAGGUAUGAUAAAGACAUCGAAAGGUGUUGAGGACAACCGUGACGUGGACGAAGACGAGUUCCGAAGUACUACUACUACCUCAGCUACAUCGCACUUGCAGAGGUCAUCUCAAGGUGCAACGAUGUUUGAUGACCUCAAAAGCAAAGCGAAUACAGCAACAGUGCCUACAACAACGGCGGCUGGGAAAAAGAGUGUUAAGGGAAGCAAGUUGACCUCGCUAUGAGCAUCUCUAUGACCUUCAUUCUCAAGGGGGCAAAGGAUCCAUAGAUAUGCGAGCGAGCUAGGUAAACCUGCUAUCCCUAAGAGUACUAGUAUCUACCCUCGCGCAUCACCAGAGGACGGCAGUGUGAGCACGACGGUAGAUGAAGGGGGGGCAACGUCGUUCUCCGGUCUUUUUGCAGCUAGAAAAAAGCUCUUGGACGACUUUAGCUUCACCAGUGCAAGUUCACGAGCAGUCAGAUGAUCAGCUGUUUAGGCGGUAGAGGGUGGUUGCUGGGUUUCUUGUGAACUUUUUCUCUAUACUUGUAGUAGGAUGUCAGGGACGAAGAUGCAUGUUGCGUUACAGACGAGGACUAGGAUGGAGCAGAAAGAUAUUGUGGCACUUUUUUUACCAACCAUGAAGAAACAAGAGGAUUAGCUUUGUCCCAUCAGCAGAGAUCAAAGAAAUAUGAGUAUGCCACUAUGUCAUGUUCACACUAACCUCUACUUCUCGUGAAAGGUUUUUUCUACAUCUUUAUCUGUAGUAAGUCAUCGAUUUUCACAUGUUGACUGAAACUCAGGCUUUUCUUCAUUGAUUGGGUGAAAAAAAGAUAGAUUUUGCUACUUAUCAUGAUGUAACAUAUUUUCACAUGAUUCGAAUGGUCACAUAAUAGAAUUCAUCUUCGCGCGGCUAGUUUUUUUGAGACACAUAUUUCCCUUUUUUGUUAUCUUCUAGAGGUCCCGCGUAGGUCUGUAUGAUCUCUCUACAAUUCCGACCUGAGGCUACUCAAUCCCUUGAUUCUAAGAACAACGCAUGGUCAAAAUGGCAUUGUAGUAUUACAGUUUGUUUUCGCGCUGAUUGAUCUAGAUUUUGCUGGGAAGGCACAUGCGGAAAGAAAAGUGGGCUGAUGUAUUGCUUCCGGG